AAUGUCGGUGUUCUUGUGCGGCAAGAACUCACCAAUUAAACAAAUGUAUAUGCCCCAAUCUAUGGCUGAAACAGCACCAGAUCCAGCUACCCUUUUUCGUUAACUUCCUCUUUAACUGAUUAACCCUGUUUCUAAACCACAUUCCCUCACACUAGUUUCAGACGUUUCUGCUCUGCAUCAGAUUCUUUUCCCCUGCAUUUCUCUUUGGCAUAUAUGUUGUCCAAUGCGUAUGUUUUGAUCUAGAUCUCAAGUUCAAGACUGUGUUUUUUUAAGUGACAAAAGAAUGGGGGAAAAAUCAAAGUCCAGGGGAUUUCUGGGGUGGUUUCUGGUGUUAGUAAUAUUGGCUCUGGUUGUGGGAGCUGUUGUUUAUACAAUAAAGAAGAAAAUGGACGACAAAAAGGAUAGUAAGCCAUCUCCCGUUCCGGGUCCUCCCGGCUCUAUCGACAAGAAGUAUUCUGAUGCUCUCAAAAUCGCAAUGCAAUUCUUCGACGUUCAAAAAUCUGGUAGAUUAGAGGAUAAUAAGAUAUCAUGGAGAGGAAAUUCGGCGUUAACGGAUGGAAGUGAAGCGAAAUUGGAUCUGUCAAAAGGGAUGUAUGAUGCCGGGGAUCACAUGAAAUUUGGAUUCCCAAUGGCAUUCACUGCUACUGUUCUAUCGUGGGCUAUCCUCGAGUACGGUGAUCAGAUGGAGGCGGUGAAUCAACUGCAACCGGCUCAAGAAUCGCUCAAGUGGAUAACCGAUUUCCUUAUCAAUGCUCAUCCUUCGGAGAAUGUGCUCUAUAUUCAGGUCGGUGACCCUGAAGCAGACCAUAAGUGUUGGGAAAGGCCUGAGAACAUGAAAGAGAAGAGGCCUCUCACACAGGUGAAUGAAUCUGUUCCUGGGACUGAGGUUGCAGCCGAAACUGCUGCAGCUAUGGCUUCAGCAUCGCUGGUGUUUAAGGCAGCUGACUCAACAUAUUCAAGCACACUUCUUAGACAUGCAAAGCAACUUUUUAGUUUUGCAGACAAAAAUAGAGGUUCUUACAGUAAGAACAUACCGGAAGUUGCUACGUACUACAAUUCAACAGGUUACGGAGAUGAGCUCUUAUGGGCAGCAAGCUGGCUCUAUCAUGCAACAGGUGAUCAAUCAUAUCUCAGAUAUGUGACCGGUGAAAAUGGGAACCAGUUUGCUCAAUGGGAAAGUCUUUCCUGGUUUAGCUGGGAUAAUAAACUUGCAGGAACCCAGGUUUUGCUUUCCAGGUUAAGCUUGUUCGGUGCCAAGGGUGCCUCUGGGAAUUCCGGCCUUGAAAACUAUAGGAAGUCUGCCGAGGAUGUUAUGUGUGGUCUUCUACCAAAGUCUCACUCUGCAACAUCCAGCAGAACUGACGGUGGUCUUAUAUGGAUCAGUGAAUGGAAUUCUCUGCAGCAUCCGGUUGCUUCUGCAUUUUUAGCUGCUCUUUACAGCGAUUACAUGCUUACUUCACAGACGGCGAAGCUAACUUGUGGUGACCGUUCAUUCAAACCAUCGGAUCUUAGAAAGUUUGCCAAAUCACAGGCUGAUUAUGUCUUAGGCAGUAACCCCUUGAAGAUGAGCUUCCUUGUGGGGUACGGCGAUAAAUACCCGCAGCAUGUGCAUCAUAGAGGAGCUUCGAUUCCGGUCGAUGCGACCACUGGUUGCUCCGAUGGCUUCCAGUGGCUAACUUCACCCAAUCCCAAUCCAAAUGUAGCUGUUGGAGCUCUUGUGGGAGGGCCUUUCCGAAACGAAACAUUCAUCGAUUCCCGAAACAACUCGAUGCAAGCCGAGCCAACCACGUAUAACAGUGCACUCAUUGUCGGCCUCCUUUCGAGUUUGGUCACCACAUCUUCUGCAGUUAGGUCCUUCACUUGAGAAGUAGUCAGAGAAUGUAUCGUUAUCACA